AUGCCUAUUCUCGAUACGGAUCUCGAUCUGAACGCGCUCUUUCGCAAACAGGUCAGAGCAUCUCCCGAUGCCCUCGCCCUCGUCGACCCCUCCGCCACCUACACAUAUGCUCAGCUCGAUAGCAAAGUAGACAGCCUUGCUCUCUACUUUCGUCGCCAUCAUGCCGUUGGUCGCGACACCCUCGUCGGUAUCCUCAUGGCCAGGGGCGCAGACUAUGUGAUUGCUUGUCUCGCGGCUUUGCGUGCUGGAGGUGCUUUCCUCGUUCUCGAGCUUGCCUAUCCACUCGGUCUCCUCCACCAAGUCAUCAAGGACGCAAGCCCAGCGGUGGUCGUCACCCAGACAGAGCAUGCAGAGCUCGUCCCCGAAACCGUUCAGUCCAUCUUGAUCGAUGACAAGCUACAGGCUGCCAGCUUGUUUGCUACCACAGAUGCUCCCGAUUCCUCAUCCUCUCCUCUGCCCGCAUUGCCAGCAGAGACCGACCUCGAGCGUCUUGCUUUCGUCUCCUACUCGUCUGGCACAACAGGAAAGCCAAAGGGUAUCGCCAACCCACACCGUGCUCCCGUCAAGUCCUACGAUCUUCGUUUUGCUGUCAACGAUCUCAAGCCCGGCGACCGCGUAGCUUGCAACGUCUACUUUAUCUGGGAGUUCAUCCGUCCUCUCUUGCGUGGUGCUACCACUUAUGCUAUCCCAGAUCACUCGAGUUAUGAUCCCGUCAAGCUCGUCCAGUUGCUCGCCAAUCAAAAGAUCACAGAGACACUCAUGACUCCAACCUUGCUUGCUGCCAUCCUGGCAAGACACCACAACCUCGGUGCCAAGCUACCCGACCUUCGUUCCCUCUGGCUCAACGGUGAAGUCGUCACUACCGAUCUUGCACGAAGAGCCAUCAAGGCUUUGCCCAACACACGCCUUCUCAAUUGCUACAGUGCUAGUGAGACCCACGAGGUUGCCUGCGGUGAUCUUGGCGAAAUGCUUCCCACCUUGGCCCCCGACGCACCUUAUGUCCCUGUCGGCCUUCCCUUGGACCCCUCUCAUACCUACAUUCUUGAUCAAGAUGAGGUCCCACUUCAGCCUGGCGAGCCCGGAGAGCUGUAUGUCGGAGGCGACCUUCUUGCUAGAGGCUACCUCAAUCUCGUCGAUACUACCGCCAAAGCCUUUACCCCAGACACUUUCACCUCCCUAACCAAUGCCCGCAAGUACAGGACCGGCGAUUUGGCCUGUAUCCUUCCCCAAUCCGGUCUUUUGCAGAUUACAGGUCGAGUCGGUGGAAUGAUUAAGAUCCGCGGCUACUCGAUCGUUCCUGGUACCGUCGAAAAGGCCAUUGUCGACAACUUUGACGUCAGCAACUGUGCUGUCGUCGCUCACGGUGAAGGUCUUGAACGUCAGCUGGUUGCCUACAUUGUCCCCGACGAGGGCGAGCGCGGCAACCCUACUGUCCUCACCAUUGAUGACAACGGUCACAGUCCCGCUGCACGACAAGUUCUCGUUCAGCACCUUGCACACUACAUGAUUCCCACACUCUGGGUUGUCUUGCACUCGCUUCCCACUCACGAGGUCUCUGGCAAAGUCGAUCUCAAGAACUUGCCCAACCCCAAAGCAGCCAUUGCUGCAGCCAGCGGUACCAACUCGAGAGCAAGAAGCCCUGCUCCAGAUGAGACGGUCAACCUCAAGUCGAUUGCUGCCCUCUGGGCACUCUCGCUCAAUGUCAAUCCCAACACAGUUCUCGAGGCUGGCAAGACUGUCAGCUUCUUCGAUCUCGGUGGCCACUCGCUCUUGCUGGCUGACUUGGCCACUCGUAUCUCCAAGACUCUCGGUGGCUUUACCGUGCCUCUUGCCGAGUUGGCCGGUAACCCUACCCUUCAGGAUCACGUCCGAGUCACUCUCGCCGCUCGUGACGGUUACAACGCUGCUGUUCAGGCUGACUUGCCCACCGUCCUCCGUGCCGACAUUGAACUUGCUCCCGAGUUCAAGCUCGCUACUCCCGACCAGUCGGUCGCUCCAUGCAAGCUCAGCGAGGCAAAGACCAUUUUGCUCACCGGUGCCACUGGCUUCCUGGGUGGCUUCUUGCUCCAUGACCUCAUCCAGAACACCUCGGCACGUAUCGUCUGCUUGAUCCGCUUCAACGCUCCUUACCGUACCGAUCGAUCCGCUGCUAUGGCGAGAUUGCGACGCAACAUGCUCGAUCUCGGUUUCUGGGAUCACUCUAUGCUCGACCGAAUCGAUGUCUUGCCCGCCAAUCUUUCGCGUAAUCGCCUCGGUCUCGUGCCUGAGGUGUACGAACAGCUCGUAGAAAAGGUCCAUGUGAUUGUUCACUGUGCCGCCCAGGUCAACCUCGUCUACCCGUACGCGGCGCUGCGAGAUGCCAAUGUAGAAGGCACACGCGAGGUGCUGCGUUUGGCUUUCCUCAGCAACGCCACUGUUCAGUACGUUUCGACGAACGGUGUUUUGCCUCCUUCCAAGACCGGCUGGUCUGAGGAUACCAUUAUGCCCAUCGACCUUGUUCCGGAGAAGCUUCUCGAUGGAUACUGUCAGACUAAGUGGGUUGCUGAGCAGUUGGUCUUGGAGGCUGCCAAGCGUGGUUUGCCUACUAAUGUCAUCCGUAUCGGAACUAUCAGCGGUCACUCCGAGACUGGAUCUACCAAUACUUAUGAUCUCAUCACUGCUCUCAUCGUCGAGUCGGUCCAUCUCGGUGUAGCACCAGAGAUUCCGGACUGGCACAUUGAGAUGACCGCUGUUGACUUUGUCAGCCGUGGCAUCAUUGCCAUUGGUAACCACAUUGACCCUCAACAACGCAUCUACCACUUGGGCGAUAGCGAUCCCAUUGACUGCCGCCUUCUGUUCCAGCACCUCGACACGCUCGGCUACCCAACCGCAAGGACCAACUGGAAGUCGUGGGUCGCAUUGUGGCAGGAGAAGCGUGGCUCUGCUAAAGGUGGUGAUCACGGUUUGACGGUUGAUAUCUUGCGAUCCGGUAUGCCUUCCGAAGAGUUCUUGUUGGGCAUUAUCGCGCUUAAGGACGACGCAACUCGUCCGGCACUUGGUGACUUGAAGAGACCUAAGGUGGAUGCUAAACUCCUACAGACCUACGCCCGUCACUGGUACGCACGUGGAUGGAUGUCAAGACAGCCUUGCAGCGUGCCCGGCUCACCCAACGGCGUUGGCAAUGGCACUACCAAUGGUCUUGCUGCAGCUGGUGCAUUCGACCCCAACUACCCGCUCAAAGGGAAGGUGGCUGUCAUCACAGGUGCUUCUUCCGGUAUCGGCGCAGCUGUAGCCAAAGCACUUGUUCGGCAAGGUGCUCACGUAGCCCUUGCUGCUCGUCGAGUCGAUGCGCUCGAAAGACUCCAGACCGAGCUCGUCAAGGCAUCCAAGUCUAGUGGCAGCGUGACAGGCGGAAAAGUACACAUCCACAAAACAGACGUAACCGACCGCACCCAAGUCGACUCUCUAAUGCAAACUACCACCGACACUCUCGGCCCCAUCGACAUGAUCAUCUCGUGCGCAGGCGUUAUGUAUUACACCCUCAUGGAAAACAUCAAAACCGACGAAUGGGACCAAACCGUCGACGUCAACUGCAAAGGCCUUCUCAACGUCCUCUCUACCUCGCUCCCGCGUCUUCUCCCACGCAGGACAGGCCACAUUGUCGCAAUUUCUUCCGAUGCCGGUCGGAAAGUAUUCCCCGGUCUCGGAGUCUACAGCGCAUCAAAGUUUUUCGUCGAGGCAACUUUGCAGUCUUUGCGACUGGAAACAGCGGGGUCAGGCUUGAGAGUUACAGCGGUUCAACCGGGAAAUACAGCGACAGAUCUGUUGGGGAUGAGUAGCGAUCAGGAAGCCAUCAAGAAGUAUGGUGAACCGACAGGUGCCAAGAUCUUGGAUCCAUCGGAUGUAGCAAACGCUAUUGUUUAUGCGCUGCGUCAACCGCAACAUGUGGCGGUGAACGAGGUUUUGAUUGAGCCUAGGGAGGAGCCUAUCUAA